GCGGUUAUUUCUCCUUCUCUUUUAGAUCGCUACAGCGAAGUUGAUUUCAUUGUGUAGUUGAAUAUACUGCGAGAUCGGUGUGUUUUUAACCGUAAGAAUUUGAUAUAAAAUUAAGUGACCUUACUGCCGCGUUGCAUUUAUUGCGCGAUCUUCCCAACUUAUAUCUUCUUUUUCUACUUAUGUAUAAUUCUUUUAAAAAUCAUAUCUUCGUUGCCUUGGACAUAAUAUUUUUCGCUCUUCACCUUGUACCAAACAAUACUUACUUUAUUUAGCUUACGUCUUAUUAUUAUCAUCGUGUCACUAUCAUUUUCGGACGAUGACACGAUCUCUGUUUCCUUUCUCAAUGUCGACUGUAUGUCUACGUUGCCCCACGCUGAUGUAACCCCCCUCUUUACGUCUGGUAACCCGUCUACUAUAUCGUUUCGAUUGCAUUAAGUCGCGCGCUGACGUCAGUUCGUCAGUACGUACCGUAGUUGAGUUUGAAGAUUGUUCCCUAAGUAGCACAGCCGGUACACUAUUAUACAUCUCUACUCUGUGACACAUGAGACCAAUUCGAUCCCCGAGUGCUUAGAUCAUUUAAAUCGAGCUCUUCAAUAUGCCAACAAUUAAAUACCAAGGAUUCUUCGUCACGGACCUUUAAAGUGAAAUGUGUUUUGAAGAUCCUCCGAACUCAAGACAAAAGAACACAAGGUUUGCUACGGAUGUUUUUUAUAACGGAUUCGCCAUUCAUACUUUUUUCUGUUCUUUUAUCUCUCGGUCAUUUAAAAUAUGAAAACAAAUAAAUAACUCUACUUGCUUUGCUAACUUUUUGCUUUCAAAUAAAACAACAAUAUACUUUAAUAAACGUUCGUCAACCGUAUGAUAAAUCAUUCAAUACUGAUCUAUUUUUAUUUUAUUUUAUAUCAUUAUUAUAAUCGUGUUUAGACGUUAGAUAUAUCAAAAAAAAUGCGUGCGUAAUUGUAAUAAGAUGCGAUAGGAAGUGGUAAUAUUACGAUUGAAAGUGUAUGUUGAUGUAAAAAAAUUUAACCGGCUUAUUAUCAGUGAUAUUUAUUAUUUAAUUUUAAGUUAAAGUUUUUUCAAAAGUGAUGGAUAGUUUUCACCUUCGUAAAAAUGAUUACAAAAUUUCUUAAUUAUUUCCAAAAGGAUAUUUAUGUUUAAUAUGUGACCAAUCAGCUACGAAAGUUGAGCAAAGGAUGAAGAAUGCCUCGCAUCAGCGGAGAUGGGGAGAAGGGUGGAGGCGAGAAACCAAUUGGUGGCUUUGGGGGAUGGCUGGGUGCUGGAGUGACAAGAUCCACGAGCGGAACAUCUGGAAGUGGUUACAUAGUUCUAGGGGGCACUAAAUAUGGAGUUCGCAUUUCGCAGGAAAGUCUACCAACAUCCAAUUCCAUCGAGAACUCAUCAGAUCUUGAUAGAAGUACAUAUCGCUCCAACUUCUCCAAAGACAAAUUGACAGAAAAGAAUGGCAUGAGUGGUCUGAGUGGCGUCAAGACAACGUUGGAGAACAAAUCGUCAAUUGACUUGACGACGGCUACGACCAAUGUAACCGAUUGCUGUUGUAUUGGUCCACGUUCGAGGCUCCCUCUUUCACGGAUACCACUAUCUCCGAAUAUAUAUUCAAGUGGGGAUGGAGGUAUUUCUAACUCAAGCAGAAGCAUCGGCAACGCUGGCGUUGAUCGUGUGCGAGGUGGAGUAGGAGGACAAUCUUUACUACCUCCCACCAAAAGCAAGUUCGCGCGACUACCGUCAAACUUAAAUGCUAAUAAUAACUGCGGGGGGCUGCAAAUAGGAAGCCACUACUCCCAGUCACAAUCAUCCUCGUCGUCAUCAUCAUCAACUAACUCAACCAGUGCUGUCUUUACCACUUUAAGUACAACUUUUGCUCCAAUUAUCCCUAGUGUUUCAGUAUCACGGCAAAUAUCACAGUGGACCAAACAUCAUCAUCCUUCAAAACUACAGGAAUCAACAACAACAGCGGUGGACCGCCUGCACAAAUUUCGAUGGAGUGGGGGUGGAGGAGGAAGUGGCAAGAAACCCUCUUCCAGCCCCCGCAGCGAAAAAGCCGAGCGUCUUCGUGAGUUGACGGAGAAACUAAAAAAUCCAGCACCAGUACCACCACCCAGGAGGCCAUCACGUUUACAUUCGACCUCACCACCUCUCAGUCAGCAUAAUCAUUAUCAUCAUCCUCAUCAACAUCGAAAUAACGGCAGUAGUGUCAAUAAUAAGAGCAAUAAUGAUAAUAAUAACAAUAAAAACAGCAAUAACAAUGAUAAUUCCCAGGUUACGAGUAAGUUAAACAUUCUCAGCUAUCCCAGCAGCGGAGAAAGUGAAUGUGGUAAUUUAAAUUUCGUUAGUAAACAUGAUAACGGUAAUCCAAAGACGUUUUCAUCAAGUUUGCGGGUUGGAGAAGAUAGCCAGAUUGCUCAAGUGACGAGUAACGAAGAUGAGAAAGUUAAUCAUCAGUGUAGUACAUUAUCUCCGCGUAGAACUUCAUGGUCUAGUAACGAAAGUGUUAUUGAUAAGAGAACACCUGGUAACACCGAUAAAUUUACACGGUCCAUUGACGCGUUCAGUGAUUCAAAACACUUGAGGCAAUGCAGUGAUUCAGUGGUAGACAGUGCGAAGUGUACCGAUCUUUAUAAUUUAUCAAUUCCAUCUAUAAUCUCUAACGAAAGUAGCCAAAGCGAGAUUAGAGAUGCUGUGGCAAGAUUAGAGCCUCGCGGACCACUUUUAUCUUAUCAGACUACUGGAGUACCUUUUAGAAGCGCAUCUUUUAGCCAAGUAGAUUUUAACAAAGGAAAUAUUCGACAUAGGAGCCAGCCCAACCCUAAUACUCAUCGGACUGAAUUCAAAGAUGUCAGAAUUAAUACCUUGCCUAGAAUUAAGGGAGUAUCAACCACUCCUGGUGGUUCUACAACACAAAAUAUUCCAAAUUACCAGAGUCCACGUAUUUCGACGGCUAGCAUCGACAGUACUUUAUUAACCCCUAGCGAUGGAACAAGUAGUAAUCAAAAUCAUGAAGAAUUCAGACCGAAGAGUGAUGGAUCAGAAAGUCUUACUACUUCAAGUGCACUCACGAGUCCUGAACCACCUGUAACGACAAGUCAAGAACUGAAAAUUAAUCAAACUCAGUUAGAUUCUCCAAGUAUGAUAAAUGAUAGUGUGACUGAAAAUGCUGAUAAAAUGAUAGAUUUUCGCGUUGAAACAUCAGUAGCAGAAACGAAAGAACCGAAAGUAGAAUUACAUGAAGUAAUUAUUACACCACCACCGGAAGAAUCAAGAUUGAGUCAAACUAGUGAAACAAACCAAGUACCGAGUGAAACAACGGUUUCCUCUGAGACUUCAACGUUUUCAGGAAAGGUCAGAAGGUACCGUGGUGACACAAGCAAACGAAGAAAAGGAGUAUAUAUUACACAAUGGCCGGAACCAUCGGAAUAUAUUCCAAUGCUAGAUAGAAAUAAACUGUCAGCACAAAGCAGUGAAGAAAGAGAAGAGAAGGAGGAGAAAAAGGAGAAAGAUGAAUUGCUAGCAGCUUUUAGCGAUGUUUCUGAUUGUGAAGGCCAUGUUCUUCAAAGAUAUAGCAAACGACCUCUUCGUGGUCCAUAUGGUCAAAUGCUAGAGGCAGAAAUGGCAAAACCUAAGACUGUGGAUAUAGCAUUAGGAGAACAUUUUGAACCAAAGAGAAAAACUUCUGCAAAUUUGACAUAUAAUUCGGAAAUUCAUAGCCACUCGGAACCACCAACUCCUUCUCAUCAUCGAACCACUUCCAGUCCGAGUAAACUUGAAGGUUUACCUGAACCAAGCCCAGAACUUUUGGCACAACUUCUUCGAGGAUCCUCGGAAAGAAUGGCUCGUACACCCACUCAUCGAAAUGACACAAGGACUCAUGUUGUCGUAGAGCUUUAUGAUACUGAAAAGUCAUAUGUUGAGGCGUUACAAAUACUGGUCAAUAAAUAUCUGCAAACUUUAAAAGGUCCCGAUAAUGCAGGUCUUAUCGAUUCAACAACAGUUGAUGAAAUAUUUUAUAAGAUACCAGCAAUUCUCAGUCACCAUGAAAUAUUUCUAGAAGAGCUUAGAAAGAGAUUGGAUACCUGGGAACUUGGACAAACGAUCGGAGAUGUGUUUCUCAAUGUGUUUACAAAGCCAGCCGUCUUAGAGACAUAUACACUCUUUCUUAAUAAUUGGAAAUCAGCGAAAAGAGCGAUAAAAACGGCUUGUCAAGCAAAACCAGCGUUUGCACGAUUUCUCGAAACGAUGGAACGAGAACACAAGGGAAAGUUAGGACUUGAUCAGCUAUUGAUUAAACCGGUGCAAAAGAUUCCAAGGUAUGAACUGCUCAUUCAGAGGCUUUUAAAGCAUACAGACACUUCACAUCCAGACUAUGAACUACUGACUGCUGCACAAAAAGAAGUGCAUGAACUCGUUGUAAAAAUUAAUUGUACAGAGAGGGAAUCCCUUGAAUGGGAACAACAGCAGACGACAUUGCGAGAAGUUCAGUCGUUGGUUGAAGGAUUAGCAGGAAUAGUUGCUAACGAUAGAGCAUUUAUUCGACAUGAUCUUGUAACUAUUGCUUCAAAUCAAGGAACGAGAAAAGAACGAGCACUUUUUUUAUUCUCAGAUCUCUUAGUUAUUACGAGUAUUAAGCGAAGAAGUGGAACGAUCAGAAAGCCUUCUACGAGCUCUUGUCCAAAUAGUUUGAUGAGUUUACUUGAAGCUAACAAGUAUAAGUUGCUUAUGAGAAUUUCUCUGAGUGAUCUAGAAGUAAUGAAAGCUAAAGAUGAAAAUUUGAGAAAAAUGGCUCGAGAAGUCGAUCACUUGAGAGAAGAUUGUGCAACACUAGCUCAAUUGCAGGAACUCGCGGCUACUUUACAUGGAUCAAAACAUCAGCUGGAAGAUCUCAUUAAAGAAUUAUUGGCACAAACUCAACGUCAGUUGAUCGAACGAAAUGCUGCGCAUUCACAAUUGGCAUGCCUGGAAUUCACUUUGAAUACGCAGUCAGGUGUUGAGAAUAUUUCCGUCAUGUUUACAAAGCCUGAUAAAAGAGCGAGUUGGGAGGAUAGUUUCAAUGAAGCUAAACAAAAAUUAGCAUUGUCAACUGAUAAAAGGCCAUCUCCAGAGUUUCUUGGUCCAUUACCUAUCCGAAAGACUCGAGCUGGACUUCAGUUUACUUGUGCGUCACCCACAAUCUCAAAUGGCCAUGAAACUAGUGAUGUAUGGGUCUGCAAUAGUGAUGGAUACGUUGGUCAAGUGUGUGUAUUAAGUUUAAAUCCAGAACCAGCUCAAGUUACUUCGUGCAAUGGCGUCUGUAAUUCUCGUAUUCUCUGUGUUGCUGGAAUUCCUGCAACUCCCGUAAGUUCUGACCUGCAUAUACUACAUGACAAGAAAAUGAGCAAUAGUAAUAACAGUUUUUCAACUGCAAAAAGUGGAAUCAGUAUUUCAGUGCAAGACGCCGAUGCUAGUGAAAGAAAUAUUAACCUGGACAGUAGUUCAAGUUCUAGUGAUUCAGAUUCUGAUGACAUUCCUCGAACAGAAACAACCGGCGGUUCUCUGUAUGGAGAUUUAUCCAGUAUAGACGGUACUAUGGAGGAAGAUAUAAAUCAGCCUACAAUGUGGUUGGGAACCGAAGACGGUUGUAUUCAUGUUUAUAACUGCAAUGAUAAUAUUAGAAUAAAGAAAAAUAAAGUCAAAAUUCAACAUGGAAGUAGUGUUCAGUCUAUCAUAUAUCUAGAUAAUAAAGUAUUUGUGGCUCUGGCGAAUGGCGAUGUAACUAUUUAUUCUCGAGAUGCACAUUAUGGCUGGAGUACAUUAGAUGCUUUGACAGUCUCAGUUGGUACACCGGAAACACCGGUAACAAAAAUGGUACCUGUAUCAAUAACGAAUAAAUUAUGGUGCAGUUGUCACAAUUCUAUAAAAGUACUUAACACAAUGACAAUGGAAGUUGAACAUUCUUUUAAUGUAAAUGGAGAGAAUGGUAGACCAGUGUCUUACUUGGCAGCUUCAAAUGGUCUUGGUGUGUGGAUCUCACUUCACAAUAGUGCAGUACUUAAACUUUUCCAUACUACUUCAUAUGAAUGUUUAACAGACAUCAAUAUUGCCCCUGCUGUAACUAAAAUGCUUGCCAUUGCAGACUGUGAUGAUAUAAUACGACAACACAAAGCAGCAUGCUUACGAGUAACCGCUCUUUUGGCAUGCAAUGAUAUUUUAUGGAUCGGUACAAGUGCAGGUGUACUUCUUACGGUACCUAUUCCUCAUAUAAAAUCCUCCACACAGCGGUUACCGCAGUCUCCGCCAGUUAUUGGUAUUCCACAUGGUCAUACUGGUCACGUUCGCUUCAUCACGUGUGUGGAAGCACCAUCCUCAAUUAAGUCUGAUAUUUCUUCCGACAUAAAUCGAUGUUCUAUAAAAAUGAAAUCGCCACAAAAUAAUUUAAAUCGGAAAAAAUUAUUAAUUAUAUCUGGAGGUGAUGGCUACGAGGAUUUUCGUGGUCCUCAAGGUUCAACAGAGCUCCAAGCAGGUAGAGAAGAUUCCACUAAUCACCUGCUGCUGUGGAAAAUUUAAUUGAUAUAUUUUAUUAAGCCAUGUAUAUACUGAAAACCCGUACUUAAGGUAACUGACAUCAUAGCUAAAAGUAAACAUUCUAAAUGUCUGAGAGUCAGAUCAUUAUUUUGUUAAGAAAAUUAUUGGAAAUAAGUUGUCUAAACUAAUUAAGAAAAAUUUAAUAAUAUUUAUUAAUUAAUACUAUAUUUUGCUGGAGUGCAAUAACAGGCGAAUACUUUAACAAAUAGAUUAUUAUCAUCGUAAAAAUGUAUUUACGUUCUAUUUAUACAAUUAUUAUCUUAUUUGUAUAUUUGGAAAAUUAAUUAUUGAUUAUGAAGUACUAAAUUUUUUUAAAUACUA